GACAAACAAAAUUUUUCGCGGACAAAAUACAAUCGAAAUUCCCCUCCUUCACCUUCAUCACACACAUUCCGCUGCCAGUCGAUUCCCGCGCUCCAGUUGCCUGUUCGUUCCUGUUUUUUUGGGGCCGUCUUCAACUGGAAAAAAAAGUUCCCGCAGAUAAGAAAACGACAAGAAGAAAGUUUUGCAAAAUGGACUCCAAGGAAAAUGCGACGGCGUCGUCCGGAAGCUCCAAGCUGGACGAAUCCUCCGUGACCAUGUUGGACGUGCUGAACGAGCAGAACGAGCUGGAGGCGGAGAGUGACGCCGUGCUCGGCGGUUCCGACGAGAAGAACUGUACUUAUGCGCUGGGGUACAUUGUUCGGCAGGCGUUGUACGCUUGUGUUACGUGCUCGCCGGAGAGUGCCGUUGGUGAGGAGAAGCGGGCGGGAGUUUGCUUGGCAUGUUCGUAUCAGUGUCACGAAGGACACGAGCUGGUUGAGUUGUACACAAAGCGGAACUUCCGGUGCGAUUGCGGGGGUAAGCGGAUGCCGGAUGUGCGCUGCAAGUUGGACCCGAUCAAGCUGGACGAGAACGAGGGCAAUCAGUACAAUCAGAACUUUGGUGGGCUUUACUGCACCUGCCACCGGCCGUAUCCGGAUCCGGAAGAUACGGUUCAUGACGAGAUGAUUCAGUGUGUGGUGUGCGAGGAUUGGUACCACACGCGCCACCUGGAGAAUGAUGAGCCGAAGAAUUCGAAGGACUAUGCGGAAAUGGUUUGCCACCUGUGCAUGGAGCGGGUUGUUCCGUUGAGGAAUUACGUUGGGAAGCUCGAGGACUGCAACCGGACGCUGCUGAACGAAACGGUUCAGCUGGAUGUGACCGGGCUGGACGAUUCUGUGGCCACAGCGGCAGAUACGAGCGUUGCUCCGAGCGAGUCGGAGGAAGAUCUGAACGAAAGCAAGCGAAUUAAGCUGGACAUUUGCACGAAGCCUGCACCGGAGGAAGGGGACAAGGCGUACAAGAAGGGAGCCACGUUCUGGCACGAUGGCUGGCGAAAGCAGCUUUGCCGCUGCACCGAGUGCAUGGAAUGCUACAGGAAGUUGAAGGUGGAGUUCUUGCUCGACGAGAAGGACACCGUACAGUGGUACGAAGAGAAUGGUCGCGCCAAGCGCGAGGAGAACGGAAGCACUUACGAGCAAGGAAUGCAAAUGUGGAACAAGAUGGGACGCGUGCAGCAGGUGGAGAUCCUGUCCGGCUACAAUCUGAUGAAGGAUCGGUUGGCAUCGUUCCUGGACACGUUCGUCACCAACCAGCAGGUCGUAACGGAGAAGGACAUCAAGGAGUUUUUCGAGAAGCUGAACAAGGAACGGCGCGAGACGAACAUGGCGCCGCCCUCGUCCUGUCGUUGAAUACUAACUUUUUGCACAGUAUUAUUAAUCUUGACGUUGAAUUGAACUUGUUUCAUACAAAUAUGCACUGUAAAUUGUCGUGAUUUCAAAUAAAUUACCAAAUCACAUUUGAA